AUGGCUCAAAAGACGUGGCAUCUGUUUUGUAUAAUAACAUUAUUAUUUACAAUUUUAUCACACGUCGGUGAGUCAACUUCCAGUUCAGCGGCACCAUGGUACGAAAAUCUACCCGCAGUGACAAUGGACUACAAAGUGCACAUCGACGCCGGCAAAGAGGAUUGUUAUUUUCAGUACGUGCAACCGGGAGCUACAUUUUACGCGAGUUACCAAGUGUUAAAAGGUGGUGAUGGAAUGUGUGGGUUUGCUGUUCGGCAUCCUAAUGGCCAGAUAGUUCAUCCUUAUGAGUGGCGACAAAGCGCUGAGUACGCCGAUCAGUCGAGUACUGGCGGCUAUUAUGCAGUGUGUAUAGACAAUCAGUUCUCAAGGUUUGCAGGAAAGCUAGUCAAUUUGUACUUGUCAGUCAUUAGAUACGAUAAGUGGGAGCAAUACGCCAAGGAGGUGGAGGAACUUGAUAUGAAUAUUAAAAAUUUCACAAAUUCCAUUCAGUUUGUGGAGCGAAAUGUUAAUGAUAUCUUACAAUACCAGUAUCAUUCCAGAGCAAGAGAAUCUCGAGAUUAUAAUUUAUUAGUUGACAAUAAUGCUUAUGUACUAAGGUGGUCUCUCGUUCAAAUUAUUGCUAUCGCAGCAACUGCAACACUACAAGUGUAUUUUGUAAGAAAAUUAUUUGAAGUUAAAGACAACUCCUCAAAAACGAGAAUU